AUGUCGUCUUUUCUUGAUAAUACUAUUCACUCUAUUCAACCUGUCCUGUCACAUCAUCAGAUUGAGAAGGUAACGCACCGGGAAGCAGAUCUGGGUUCUGCUGCAUCCUCUCAUUACGCGAGAGGUCUCUGCUUCAUGCCUCAUCUUCGAUCACUGUGUCUGUACAGUGUAGAGCUGAGUGAUGAGUUCUACUUAACGAUGGCCUCUGAGGCAUCAAAAUCAAAGAUCCAGACGCUGAGUGUUAAGGAUGUUUCCAUGAUGACUCCACGGAGACUACUCUCCAUUCUCUCGCUACCACGCCUCCAGUCACUCACCUUGAGGGAUAUCAGACAAGUUGACAUAGACGAUGGAGAGACACUGACUCGUCCAACCUCAGUAGAUGAGCUUACUGUGGAUGGUAGGCAUGUGAUCAGCCUGUGGAAUCUUGGACUUCAUGCAUCAUGUCCCCAAGUGAAAAAACUCAAACUGAACUACCAGGACAAGGAGAAUGUCUCAUCAGACAUCAUCACAAUGGCCUGCUCUCCAUUCUAUCAUCUGACUCACCUUCAAAUCAAGGGAGAUAAGUAUCGAUUAUCUACUACACUGAAUGAUCCUGUGUCAUUUUGUGAUGCGGUAAAAACAUCAUGUCCUCGACUCACCAAGCUGUCUGUUCUCUACAUUACACUGAAGAACGAGAAGGCAGCCGAGGUCAUCCAACUCAUGAAGACUCAUCCACACCUGACAAGCAUAGAUUUGAUUGGGUGUCAUACCAAGGCGGAUCUGGAUCCACUGGUUUCUGAGGUGAACAGUGAAGGCAAGGUGACUGUCACCGUGAUGCAUGGUUCGACAUACAGAGAAGGUAGCAGCAGUCAGAGCAUACCUUUGAAGAGGCAAGCUCCUCAUACUCAGUCAAUUCCACAGGAUGGACCUGAAAUUCCAGAGAAGCAAUCAAGCCAAGAAUCAAGAAGGCUGCACCUCGACACAACAGACGAUGGCAACCAAGUCCACUGGGUUUUUCUGACAGACGUUCCUGAAGAACUUCCCCUCCAAGAUGAUGAAGCAGUAAUAUCAUGUGGUAUCAGAUUCUCAACGUCUGGAGCUGAGCUCAGCAAACCUAUCAAGGUCACAUUGGACCAUAAUGCACAUUUCUCUAAUCCAAGACUUGCAGAAAUUGUCUUCUACACACGUACAAAAGAAAAUAGAAAAAGAAAUGACAGGGGUCAAGAUGAUCUUUCCGUCCCAGCCAAUGUUCGUAGAAUGGAAGCAUGGAGAUAUCGAUAUCAAGUUGUUCGAGGGCCCAAAGAAAAAUGAAAAGAAAAUUGAUGAGCAGACACUAGGUAGAAAGGAUAUCAACCUCGUUGGUAGGAAACAAUUCGCCUUUGAACUGAAGCCACUUGAGUCAGGGGCAAGCCCAGAAAUUCUCAAAUUCACCUUGAAUCAAAGAGAGUCUCUCUCUGACCCUACUUUGAUUCAAUUUAUCUUGCCAUAUGGUGGUACGUAUAUGCUCUGUGUAGUUCUUUGUGUAUCAAAAUUAUUAUCAUUAUUAUCAUCAUUAUUGUCAUUACCGGUAGUGCUUAUAAGUACCGGUAUGUAAAAUCAUUUUAGGUGAAAGUUAU